AUGGAAAGGAAUGGCUUCGGCCUGACUCGUACAGAAUUUCUAGAGGUUGUUAAGGAUUAUGUCAAGCAGAACGAUCUAAAAACACCUUUCAAUGAUGAUACUCCCGGCAAAGAUUGGUUUUUAAGCUUUAAAAAGCGUUAUGAGCUGUCAAUUAAAAAACCGCAGGCUGUAGAGGUUGCUCGUAAGAAAGCCGCAGACCCAUUUAUUAUCCAAGAAUUUUAUGAUAUGCUAGAAAGAGUGAUUGACGAGUUAGGGCUUCAUGGCAAGCCUGAAAGAAUAUAUAAUUUAGAUGAGACAAGUUACUGCAGUGAUCCACAAAAAACUAAAGUCAUAGGUCUUAGGGGAUUUCCAUCGACACGGACUACAUCAUCCUCCGGAAAGUCAAAUACGACAGUUUUGAUGGCGAGCAACGCUGCUGGGGAGAAAGGAGCUCCAUUCAUAAUUUUUAAAGGGAAGCACGUAUGGAGUAAUUGGACCUCUGAUUCAGCGUACCCUGGAACGUUGUACACAGCCACAUCAAAUGGCUGGAUAGAAUCGCAAGUCUUUUUGAAGUAUAUUGAUAAAAGUUUCAUUCCAAUGAUUGGCGAUACGACUCAGCCAACACUUCUCAUCUAUGAUGGCCACAGCACUCAUGUACAACUAGAUGUAAUCGAAAAAGCCUUACAGCACAACAUAACGAUCUUAAAAUUACCUCCCCAUACAAGCCAUAUUCUGCAACCGCUGGACUUGGCGGUUUUCAAGCCUUUCAAAGAUGCCUGGGACCAGGAAAUGGUCAAGUGGCAAAGAACCCACAACGGGCAAAAAUUGCCCAAAGACGAGUUUUCGAGGAUAGUUGGAAAAGUGUGGGAAGCCCUUAACCCCGACAUUAUAAAAAAUGGAUUCGCAAAAAGCGGUAUUUACCCAUUUAACAGGGAUGCAGUUCCCGAACAUAAAUUAGACCCAGACGCUGUAAAAAGAUGGAAAAAGAUGCUGGCUAAUAAACAAGCACCUCCUCAAAAGGAAGGAGUGCCGGCUGUGGCGCGAUACACAGCUUCACUUUCUCCUAAAAUACUUGCGGACACUCCCGGAGAGGGAGGAGUGCCGGCUGUGGCGCGAUCCACAGCUUCACUGUCUCCUAACAUACUUGCGGACACUCCCGGAGAGGGAGGAGUGCCGGCUGUGGCGCGAUCCACAGCUUCGUCGGUGGCGCCAUGGGUCUUGAACGGCAGCAUGACGCCUCACCCCCGCUCCUCCGGCUUCGAAGAAGAAACGGCCGACGAGGACGAGGGCACUGCCGUUGCCUAUCCCGCGCACGGUACGUUCCUCAAGGAUGAGGACCGUGAGGACGAGGGAACCGCACCAGCUUCCCUGGAUUUCUCAUGA